AUGAGCGCUGUCGAUACGCAGGUUCCGGUAUCAACCGAUGAAAACUGGAAAACAGCACUAGCCCUUCCUCCGAAGGAUCGUCGCUUCAAGACCGCUGUGAGUAAUCUUUUCACCAAUAUUUAUUAACUUUAUGCGAGUUAUAGGACGUCACUGACACGAAGGGUGUUGAGUUCGAAGACUUUUGUUUGAGCCGUGACUUGCUUAUGGGUAUUUUCGAAAAAGGAUGGGAGAAGCCGAGUCCUAUUCAAGAAGCUUCUAUCGGCGUGGCCCUUUCAGGUAUACUCUUUUUGAUGAUUAAACUAAGUAAUAAUACUUACAGGACAAGAUAUUUUGGCUCGUGCCAAAAACGGAACUGGAAAGACUGGCGCUUAUUGCAUUCCCGUUCUCGAAAAAAUCCAAAACUCUCUCAAGAAGAUCCAGGCUUUGAUUAUCGUCCCGACCAGAGAAUUGGCUCUCCAAACUUCGCAGAUUUGCGUGGAACUUUCUAAGCAUAUUCAGUUGAAGGUAUUUAUACUCGAGGUUAUGAUAAUCAAAAAUUAAUCAUUAGGUCAUGGUUACUACGGGUGGUACUGAUCUUCGUGACGAUAUCAUGCGCCUUAACGGAACUGUUCACCUCGUGAUCGCCACUCCUGGUCGCAUUCUUGAUUUGAUGGAGAAGGGAGUCGCUGACAUGUCGAACUGCAAAACCAUCGUCCUCGACGAAGCUGACAAACUUCUCAGUCAAGAUUUUCAAGUGAUAAAAGAUAAUUGGUUCUUUUUUUAUCAACGAAAUUCAGGGAAUCCUGGACCGCAUGAUUGAAUUCCUGCCGAAAGAGCGUCAGGUUAUGCUGUACUCUGCUACGUUCCCUCAUACUGUGACCGAAUUCAUGCAGAAGCAUAUGCAUAAGCCUUACGAAAUCAACUUGAUGGAGGUCUUGUUUCUAUAGAUAAUUGAAAAAUUAAGAAAACAUUCAGGAGCUUACUUUGCUUGGAGUUACUCAGUACUACGCUUUCGUGCAGGAAAAACAGAAGGUUCACUGCCUGAAUACGUUGUUCCGCAAGGUACAGUCUGAGAUAUGAGAUAUGAUUUUGAUGUUGAUGGUUUAGCUGCAAAUCAACCAGUCAAUCAUUUUCUGCAACUCAACUCAAAGAGUGGAACUCCUUGCUAAGAAGAUCACGGAGAUUGGAUAUUCUUGCUAUUAUAUUCAUUCUAAAAUGGCCCAAAACCAUCGUAAUCGUGUUUUCCAUGACUUCCGACAAGGAAAUUGCCGAAACCUGGUUUGCUCCGAUCUACUCACUCGCGGUGCGUGUUUUUUCAAAACUUUGAUAUAUUUUUUCAAAAAAAAAGCACGAUGAGGAACCUUUUACACACUACUAAAUCUUUUUUAUGUAGAACAAAGAACGGAUAUCUGAGUGCACAAUAAUUUUUAGUCGUAAUAGUAUUCUUUGAUGACACGUCCGAUAAAUGAAACAGAAAGCUUUGUAACGCAGAAGAUGUUCUAAACUGCGAAAAUACUACAAACUGGAAAUUACUUUUUUGAAAUACUUCACUGUUUCAAAUUGAUGCGUGUUCUGUUCAUACAUUGAAUGGGGUUUUCGAUUUUUUUUUUUUGUUUACACUGAUACAUGAAUUGUUUUCUAGGUAUCGACAUCCAAGCCGUAAACGUGGUCAUCAACUUUGAUUUUCCUCGCAACGCUGAAACUUAUCUUCACAGAAUCGGCCGGUAUGUUUUUUUUUUCCUAAUGUGUCUUGUAUAUAUUUUUUUUUGAUUAUGAGAACUAAUUUUCUGAUUUCAGUUCUGGUCGCUUCGGUCACCUCGGAGUCGCUAUCAAUCUCAUCACCUACGAGGACAGACACACUCUUCGGCGUAUUGAACAAGAACUCCGCACCCGCAUUGAGCCGAUCCCGAAGACCGUCGAUCCCAAACUGUACGUUGCUGAUCAUCAACUAGUUGAUGAAGACACCGACAAAGCGAAAUAA